AAGUAUUCCAAUGGAGACCAGGCACAGAAAUACUGAAAAAAGUUACUGUGAAGGAAGCUUCGACUGUUAGCGCUGUUGUUCCUAGGCAACAAGGUGGAUAUGUCGUUGCUGCCGGGAGACACUUUGGUACUCUUGACAUAGAAACUGGUGAGAUGAUCCGAUUAGCAGAGAUUGAUAAACAUAAAACAGAGAAUAGAUUCAAUGAUGGAAAGUGUGAUGCCAAUGGGAGAUUCUGGGCAGGCACCAUGGGUCCAGAAAAGGUUCCAACAAAACCAGAAUUAGAGCAAGGCACAUUAUAUAGCUUGGACAAAGACCAUAAUGUAAGGUGUCACUUCGAUAAAGUUAGUAUAUCAAAUGGGAUAGCCUGGAAUUCAGACAACACGAUUAUGUACUUUAUUGAUACACCUCUAAAUAGAGUGGAUGCAUUUCACUUUGAUCUUGAACAAGGAACUCUACCAAAAGAGACUGUAUUUUCAUUAGAGUGA